CCAUCCUUGGAUUUAUGCCAGUAUGGUUCACUAUCAAUUACCCAACUUAUACCUAUUGUCUUAUCUUUUUGCAAUUCCAAUUACCAAGCUCUCAUUGUCAUCCAUCAACCUACACCCACCUACCUACCCAGGUCAUCAAUCAUUUCCACCUUAACCAUCUCUACUCGGAAUCUCCUGUCUCUGGCCACACUCCACUUCCCUUCCCUUGCCUUGCCCUUUCCCUUUAAUCUCUAUAGUUCUUGGCCGCUGAUACGUAAUGGCAAAGCAGCUACUGGCGCCCUUACUUCAUCGACUGGAGAGUGAAAACAUAAAACCCGUAAACUCCCGACGG